AUGGAGGUAUUGACGACCUUUCCGCCCGUCACGGGCGACGACGGCGCUGCCAGCGUUGUACUUUCAUGCCCGGUGGGUCAUUCCCGUAUGCCUGCCGACUUGAUCGCUCUUUGCUGGGCCCUUGUAUUGCGAUCGUUUACAACCGAAGAGUAUCCCGUGUUUUUACUGAACGGGUCUCCUGUGAAGGCAGACUUGAGAGCUCAGACGAUCCAUCUUGUUGCACCGGAUGCAUUGUUGGAGACCUCAGUCAGUCAUACCGCUGUGAUCAUUCAAGAUUCAUCAGAUCAGGACCACGCAGUGUCCUCCCCUUCUCUGACCUGGACAUUGAUCCGAUCCUCCCAAACGAGCACGUUGCAUUCAUCCGCAGGCAUGGACCAGGCCUUCUUGCAGCAGCUAGGAAACCAGCUCACGCAGACUGUACAGGAACAGGUUGCAAAGUCGGGCAUUCAGGUAGAACUGUCGACCGCCGAGCUUCCUGCUUUGUCUAUCUCCAAUCCAUCCCCAUGCACUUUGCCAGGGCCACAAUUGCUUCACAGGCUAGCUUUAAGAGAGACCAACGACACUGCCUUCGCCAUUGAGUUUCUGACAGCGGAUGGAAGCAUUCAAUGUCUGUCGUACGCUUCUUUGGAUCGACUGUCUUCAAAACUCGCGGCAGAGAUCCUGUCGGCUGCGGCAGCUUGGAUUAAUCCUACACAGAACUUUGUAGUGCCUGUGCUCUUACCCCAGUCGGUGGAAUUGUACAUCUCACAAAUGGCAAUUUUGAAGGCGGGUGGAGCAUUCUGCCCGUUGAACAUUGACGCACCUCCGGACCGGAUAGAGUUUAUCCUCCAGGAUGUAGCAGCAUCCGUUGUGAUUACCCGAGAUGAUCUGGCGACAAGGAUCCCCCAGGACGAGCAGCUGGCUGUGAUCAAGCUGGAUGGAAUCGUAACGGACGAGACGGACGACUCGAACUUAAUCGAACCAGUGGUGGACAGCUCCCCAAGCGAUCUCGCCUAUGUUAUGUACACCUCCGGCUCUACGGGCCGCCCCAAAGGUGUUGGAGUCUCUCAUUUGGCGGCCACCCAAUCGUUACUUGCACAUCAUGACUUGAUACCCCAUUUCAAUCGGUUUUUGCAAUUUGCAUCGCCCACGUUUGAUGUUUCCGUUUUUGAGAUUUUUUUCCCUCUCAUGCGAGGAGCCACUCUCAUCGGCUCUGACAGAGAGCAGAUGCUGCUGGACAUUUCACAUGUCAUGACCGAAAUGAAAGUUGAUGGUGCGGAGUUGACGCCCACCGUGGCAGGAGAGCUACUACGCACACGAGCAGCCGCGCCGUUUUUGCGAGUCUUGCUGACAAUUGGUGAAAUGCUCACCAAACAUGUCGUGGAGGAAUUUGGUCAGUCGGAGGACUCGGUGGGUAUCCUGCAUGGAAUGUAUGGACCAACCGAAGCUGCGAUUCACUGUACUGCAGCCACACACUUCAUGACCAAUUCCCGAGUCAACUUGAUUGGCAAGCCUUUCAAAACAGUCUCUGCUUUUAUUAUGUCUAUACAUGCUGAUGACAACUCUUCUUCGGGUCUUGAACCCCUUCCGUUGGGUGAGAUGGGUGAGCUUGUCGUGGGCGGUCCCCAGCUUGCAGAGGGUUAUAUCAACCGACCUGAAGAGAACGCCAAGGCAUUCGUUGAGAGUCCCCAAUAUGGUCGGCUUUACCGGACCGGUGACAAAGCACGCAUGUUGCCCUCCGGGGAGAUCGAAUGCUUUGGCCGUCUUUCCAGCGGUCAGGUCAAGCUCCGAGGCCAACGAAUUGAGCUCGGUGAAAUUGAACAUGUUAUUUGCCAAGCCCAGGAUGUUCGAAGUGCUGUUGCUUUCGUCAGUGGUGGAAGCUUGGUUGCAUUUGUUCUCGUCAGCGACAAAGGUACCACUGAUCGUGCCCUACGAGACAUCUGUCGUCAAUGGUUACCCCGAUUCAUGGUCCCGGGCGAAUUUGUCCUGGUCGAUCAAUUCCCCCAGUUGCCAUCAGGCAAAAUUGAUCGCAAAGCCUUGGAAGCUGAUCUCGCCCGUCUCCGCAAUACUUCACAAUCUGUGGAUCAACAGCAGUUCCGGGACGAGAUCGAAGAGACCAUCGCAUCGUGUGUGGUCGACGUGCUUGGUAGGAAGCUGUCCCCAAAAGAGUCUUUGGUGGCCGCUGGUCUCGAUUCCCUUGCCGCAAUUCGGCUUGCAUCUCAUCUUUUAGGUGCUGGUAUUCAUACGGACGUCGCUUGUCUGUUGGAAGCUGAUUGCGUCGAGGGGUUAUGGCAGCUCGCGAAAGACACGGAGAAGACGCAAACUACAGAUCAUACCCAGGCAGGCCUUGAGAAAAUCCGCCAAUUGGUUGCAGAUGCCGGUACCGCAAAGAUAGAAUCCCUCGGCUUAAGCUCACAAGUGUCCGGAAUCGAACCAUGUAGCCAUAUUCAACAAGCGAUGAUCCUGGAAACCGUCCGACACGCCAAAGCAUACUGUAAUUGGAUCGAAUUGGAAUUCAAACGUUCAAAUUCAACUAGUUACACCGCUGUUCAGAACGCAUUCGUCAAGCUCUUUCAACAGAAUGCAUUGCUGCGAUCAGGAUUCGUGGAGAUCGGUCUCAAGGAUCAUUCAUAUGCUCGCUUUACAAGAAACAUCCUUGACGAGCAGCUGAUUCUAAAGUGCGACACGUUUGACUACGAUCUCCCUUUGGUAGCGGAGCAAGAUCUGCUUCAACCUAUUCGGAUCCAGCUGAAAGAGACACAAGAAAGCAUCCGAGUACUGGUACAAAUUCAUCAUGCGUUGUAUGACGGAUGGUCCUGGCAGUUGAUGUUACAAGAUCUUCAUCGCCUUUUGCUUGGGAAAGAUCUGCCGCCAAGACCUGCAUAUAGCGUCGUAGCUGAUCACUUCAUCGAAAAUAAAUUAUGCGGAUCCGACAACGACUCUUCUACAUUUUGGCGUGAUCAACUGCAAGGUGUCUCCGGCGCCAGCUUUCCUAAAUUUCAUGGGAAGACUGACGUCUCUUCAAGAACACAAGAGGCUACCCGCGUGCUUGAGGUCUCUGUAUCAAAACUCAACGAUGCAUCAAAGCAUCUGAGAGUGAGCCGACAAACCAUCUUCCAGGCUGCAUACUGCUACAUUCUCUCUUCCUAUCUUGGCUUCGAUGACGUCGUCUUCGGUACAGUCUUCUCUGGUCGGACCUUGCCGGUCAAAGGAGUUGAAGCGAUCCUGGGGCCAUGCAUUAGAACGCUUCCCACGCGCAUGGAUCUCUGCAAGAUACAAAAUGUAACAGAUCUCCUGCUGGCGAUCCAGAAUAUGAAUCUCAAGUCUCUCGAGCAUGGAAGCCUUCCUUUGCAAGACAUCAAGAAGGCCUCCGGUAUUGAAAUGCACCUGAGCCUGUUCGACACGGCGUUCGUGUGGCAAGAAAGCAUCUGGUCCAACUAUGAAUACCACGACUUAUUCUGGGAAGUUGGGGCUGCGGAGUUCUUGGAGUUUGCCCUUUUGCUUGAAUUUGAGCCAAGGCAAGACAAAAUUCAUGCAAAGGCCACUUUCCAGGAAUCUAUUCUGCCUUUCAAACAAGCGCAGAUUCUCUUGGAACAGAUCGACCAUGUGGCAUCCAUUCUUAUCGACUUUCCUGCCCUUCUCAUCGACCAAAUCGGUGACCAUCUUCCUCAGGCAACUCUUUCAAUUUCCACCAUUGAGUUUGACUGUGGGCAGGAACUUCCAGGUUUCAUUCCCGGGAUAGAAAUUGUCUCCAUCAAUCCCGCUACUGGUAUAUGCACUAUCAAUCCGACUGUCCCAUCAUCUGAAUCCUCGGGAAGCACGGAAAUACCGAUCACGAAGACGUUUGCCAUGAUUAUGACUGACCAGACUGCGACUCGUCCUCUUAUCCGUGGCGCAUACGGAGAGUUGUGUUUCGGUGGCGAUCAAGUGUAUAUCGAUCUUAAUGAGAUCGAUCGAGCCACUAUCUCGUCAGAGUUGGUUGAAGACGCCUGCAGUGUUGUCUGGAAUGACCCUUCUAUGAAUCAGCGGCGAUUGACAACACUUUGGGUCCCUACUGAGAAGAAUUUGGACAGGGUGCAGCUCGCGUCGCUGACAGAUCGCCUCUUCGCUGAUAUUUCCACGAAGCUUCCAUCUUCCGAAACCCCGUCGCUUCUUGUCUCUGUCAAUGAGAUACCCAUGAUCGAAGUCCAUCGGAGACAUAAUGCCAAGUUGUUGAACAAGCUCGAACAUCUGACCGCGCACGAUCGUGAAGUAUUCUCACGCAAGCUCGACGUGUCUGAAGUUGAUGAUCCCCUCACCGAUAUCGAAAGCACUAUUGCGAGUGCUUUAUCAGCGGUCACUGCGGUUGACAUUCAGCAUAUCCGCAAAGACACAUCCUUCUACAAGCUUGGUUUGGAUUCUCUCAGUGCCAUUUCCUUGUCGCGGAAAUUACAAAAUGCUGGCUGUGGAAGACUCCCUGUUUCGGCGAUUCUACGAUACAGCUCUGUCGCUCAGCUGGCUGCAGUCGUUUCCAGCUUGACAAAUGGACAUAAAGCAGAGCAGCCUCAGGCGGAAAUUUCGACGCCGUCGCUCGUCGAGACCUUUGUACUCGCAGUCAAGGAUGAAUUUGAUACCGCAAAUAUACCUGUCGACCGCAUCUACCCUUGUACGCCGCUGCAGGAAGCGAUGCUGGCUUCCAAUUCCGAUGUUGACUCUGCCUACUUUAAUUAUCUCCUGCUUCGUGUAAACACUGAUAUUAACGCGUUGAGAACAGCAUGGUCUCUGAUGCUGCAAAGACAUGACAUCCUCCGCACUUGCUUCCGGUCAACUAACGACAAGCACUUUGCCUUUGCACAAGUGGUGCUGAGCCGAGCUGUUUUGCCUUGGACUGAAAUCGAGAUAUUUGACGAACUUGACCAACAUGUUGAGGAGAGAAAAGCGGACUUCAAGUGCCAGAUCCCCGGCGGCGACAACCUUCCCUACUCCUUGACUGCAUUCAUAAGCCCCGCAACGCAGAGCGCACAUCUCCUGUUGUCAAUUCACCAUGCACUGUACGAUGGAGAAGGCAUUGCACAGCUUCUACAUGAGCUCCAACUCUCUGUUGCUGGCCAGGAGCUGCCAGCACCCACUCAAUUCCAUCGGUUCAUUGAUUAUAUGGUGUCUACGUGCUCAGAAUCUUCCGAUCAAUACUGGGACAGAUACCUGUCGGGGCAGACCAAUAUAACCCUCAAAGUCUCACUCACUUCCUUCAAGCAACGAUGCAAAGAGUUAUGUGUGACACCGUUGAAUGUCUUCCACGCUGCAUGGGCAAGGCUCCUGUCGCUACAUGCCGAUUCGUCUGAUGUUUGCUUCGGUAACGUUUUCAGUUGUCGUACCGUUCCUGUUGAUGGUGCGGACCAAAUCGUUGGACCUUGUUUCAAUACACUACCAGUGCGAGUCAAGUUUUCAUCGCACUCGACAAAUGCAGAUAUUUUGAAGCUUUCGCAAAAGCAUAAUAAUGAUACACUGCCUCAUCAACUGAGCCCUUUACGUCGCAUCCAAAGACGUGUACUUCAUGGAGGCUCUCAUCUUUUUGAUACGCUGGUCAUUCUUCAGACUAGUAACACUCAGCUUGAUCCACAAUAUUGGGAGCUUCUUCGUGAUGAAGGAAACAUGGGUUUCCCUCUUAUCUGCGAGGUCAUCCCUGACGAGUCAAACAAUGCCAUUCACAUCUGCCUCCAUUUCCAAGUCUCACACUUCACUCGUGGGGCUGCUGAAAAACUUGCCCAAGAUUUCAUUGCUCUUGUUGACCAUACUACUCAAUACCCUUCAGCCCAGGCUUCUGACAGACAUGCAAUUGGCAAGGAUAAACUUCAGAUAUUCAAGUCGACCAAAAUUUCUCAGGUCAAUUCAAUCCAGAUGACUUCCACACAAUCUGAACCCCUUCGUGCCUGGUCGUACCAAGAAGAGGCACUGAGGGACAUCCUCUGCAAAUUCUCCGGGGUUGACCCAGAGGCUGUGUCCCUUGAUACGACUAUCUUUCAAUUAGGUCUGGAUAGUAUCAACGCUGUUCAAAUCUCUAGUACUUUUCGCAGAUUGGGCCACAAAAUUUCUGCUGGUGAUAUUCUUGAGGCUGCCUCAAUCAAAAUGAUUGCCUCGCUGCUUGAAAUUAGCGAGAAGAGCAACAAUGAAGUUGAGUUUGACUUUCCAUUAUUCGAGAGUAAACAUCUACAGACUGUCUGUGACCAGCUUGGCCUCUCUGCGCAGGUGGUGCAAUCGUUGCGACCCUGCACGCCGGUUCAGAACGGCAUGUUGGCACUGUUCACCCAUUCUCAUGGCGACAUGUACUUCAAUAAAAUGGCAAUCAAGUCAGAAUACCCAUUUGCCAUGAUCACAUACCGCGAGGGUCAAGGCAUUCCCUGGCAUGACACUUCAGGGCUCCUUUCCAAUGGCUCUAUCCAAGGGAAACAAGUCCUCGAAAGUCUCCACCGCCCGCCUUGGCAAGUCACCAUCGACUCCGGCGAGCAGAUCGAUGUGGUACAUUUUGCUGCACUUCAUGCGAUCUAUGAUGCACAAAGUUUAGAAACGAUCUUCUCCGAUGCCAUGGCAGCAUAUGAAGGAAUGGCCCUUGGCAAGCCUCCUGCCAUUUCUGCGACACUUGGACCCAUCCUCAUUGAAAGUCAGAGGCAAAUUGAGAACGGCCAAGAAUUCUGGCAGGGGCUAGCAUCGGGAGUCCGCUCAUCCAAGUUUCCGGACUUGCAUCCUAUUCGAACGGAAAGUAGAGAUCUGCUUGAAACUUCAAUUUGCUGCGCGUGGCCUCUUAGGACGCUCGAGGACCGCUGUCGUAAGCUCGGUGUCACCUUGCAAGCAGCUGGGCAAGCAUCAUGGGCCCGAUUGCUUGCUGCAUACACGGGAGAGCAAAGUGUGAUUUUUGGAACUGUUCUCUCCGGUCGUAGUCUCUCUGCGGCUGCUCAGGAAGCUGUCUUCCCAUGCUUGGUGACUAUCCCGUCACCUUCAUGUGUUGAAGGAACUAACCGUGAGCUUUUGGACCGAACCUUAAUGAGCAACUCAUCUUUAAUCAAGAACCAGUUUGCUCCUCUGGCGCGGAUUCAAAGAUGGCUUGGUAGUGAUGAACCACUCUUUGAUACUCUUUUUGUUUACCAGAAAUUCUCAUCUAAGUCGAAAAGACACGGGAACUGGCAUGUCACUGAUGAAGCAGUAAAAAUCGAUUACCCCGUGUCUAUCGAGUUGCUCCCAAAGUCUACCGAUCUUGAAAUUCGAAUCAGCUAUAGGAGCGACCUCGUCCCUGAGGAGCAAGCCAUGACUCUUCUAAGACAAUACGAUAAAUUGCUUGAACAAACUAUCUUUUCACCCGAGUCUGAUUCCACCGACUAUCUGUGUCUUGGAGAUGAUCUGCUCUCUAUCACCCCAGCCAAGGAGCAAAGACUGCCAAGUCCAUUGUGUUUACUGCACCAAUUUGUCGAAGAGAACGCCCAAAAGAUUCCGGACAAGGCCGCUCUUGAAUUUGCAACCGGUGCCACUGCAGACAGCUUGCGGAAGAAGACAUGGUCAUACAGUGAAUUCAAUGAGGACGGUAACAGAAUCGCUCAUUUCUUGCAAGCCAAGGGUGUCGUCCCCGGUGGGAUGAUAGCCAUAUGCUUUGAUAAAUGCCCUGAAGCAUCCAUCGCAAUACUUGGGAUCUUGAAAGUGGGCUGCGCAUUUUUGGCAAUUGAUCCCGGUGCUCCUAUCUCUCGCAAGCAAUUCAUAUUAGAAGAUUCCGGAACCAAAAUUCUACUUUGCAAUCAGGCAAGGAAGACGGAGCUAGAGGGCCUUGCCGGCAUUGAUGUACAAGUGCUUGACGAACCUGGUCUAUAUGAAGGUUUAUCAUCUGCUGCACCGGUGCUUUCACGAGAGAUUCAACCGUCAGACACGUGCUACUGCCUGUACACUUCUGGCACUACGGGCACACCAAAGGGCUGUGAGAUCACCCAUGACAAUGCUGUACAGGCAAUGCUGGCAUUCCAGAGGCUGUUUUCUCCUCACUGGGACGAAAAUUCCCGAUGGCUCCAAUUUGCCUCGUUCCACUUCGACGUCAGUGUUCUUGAACAAUACUGGAGCUGGAGUGUUGGAAUUUGUGUAACAUCAUGUCCUCGAGAUCUUCUCUUUGAAGAUUUGCCGGGCACGAUCCAAAAGCUCCAAAUUACACACAUCGAUCUGACACCGAGCUUGGCCCGAUUGGUUCAUCCUGAUGAAGUUCCUUCCCUGUGCCGAGGAGUGUUCAUCACUGGGGGCGAAGCCCUCAAGCAAGAGAUUCUCGACGCUUGGGGCAAGUAUGGAGUCAUUUACAAUGGCUACGGACCAACUGAAGUGACCAUCGGGUGUACCAUGCUUCCACGGAUGCGCGCUAACGACAAGCCAUCCAACAUCGGGCCACAAUUCGAUAACGUGGGAUCAUAUGUUUUCCUCCCUGGCACUACCACGCCAGUCGUACGCGGUGGACUCGGUGAGCUUUGCGUGUCUGGGCCCCUGGUCGGGAAGGGGUACUUGAAUCGCGCGGAGCUCACACAAGAACGAUUCCAAGAGCUACUUGAAUAUGGAGACCGCAUUUACAGAACAGGUGACUUGGUUCGGAUCUUACACGAUGGCAGUUUCCAGUUCCUUGGCCGCAUAGACGACCAGGUCAAGCUCCGUGGCCAGCGGCUUGAGAUCGGGGAGAUCAACGAAGUCAUCAAGCAAGCUACUCCUGAGUUGAAUGAAGUGGCUACACUAGUCAUCAAGCAUCCAAAGCAGUCCAAAGAUCAGCUGGUCUCAUUUAUCACGAGAUUUGAUACUGACAAGACGUCUCGCAAUAUUGAAAUUUGUGCCGACGAAAACUGUUCGGCGCUUCUGUCCACGAUUAAGGCAGCUUGUCGGACUCAUCUGCCAGGCUACAUGGUACCUACACAUAUCAUCCCGAUGACACGUUUCCCUUUAUCGGCGAACAACAAAGCAGAGAUGAAAGUCCUGAGGAGCUUUUAUCAGGAGCUUUCUCUCGAGAAUUUGCAAAAUUUGACGUCUAUGACUGUCGAUCGGUCCAAAAAAAGUGAGGAUGAAGAAAAGAUCAUCUCUACCUUGGCUAAAUUCACUGGAUCUACUGAGGGCGCUAUCUCUUCAGGGUCGAGCAUCUACGAGCUUGGCCUUGACUCUAUCUCGGUUAUAUCAUUUUCCAGAAGUCUCAGGGAAGCUGGCUUCUCACAAGCCCAGCCAUCCCUGAUCAUGAAGCAUCCUAAUGUUGCAGGGAUGGCACUGGCACUCAAAACACCCACGAUUCCUGCUGUCGCUCUGGAAAAUCUCCAUAGAAACGCCAGGCAGAGCAUAGAAGCUUUUGCACACAAGCACUCGCACUCUGUAAUGGAGAGUAUCGGCGUGUCCGACGGGGAUGUUGAGCAAAUUGCACCUUGCACGCCACUCCAGGAGGGUAUUAUCUACCAUUUCCUGUCGAGCACGAUGCCCUUGUAUUGCUCGUCCUUUACUUUUGAGCUCGAACCUGGAAUCGACCUGGACAGAUUGAAGAUUGCCUGGAGCCAGGCUCAAGACCAGAUCCAAAUACUGCGAACUCGCUUUUCGCCAUCAUCGGAUGGUUAUGCUCAAGUCGUCUUGAAGAAGGGUGUUCUUCCUUGGUUCCAAGAAACGGUUAAUUCCGAGGAAGGAAUUGAAAUCUCACACAAAAUGCGGGUUGAGAAAUGGAUUUCUUGUCUUGGAGAUCUCUCUGCGCAGCUCUGGGAGGUAGGUGUAAUCAGCUCUCCAGAAAAGUCAGUGAUGAACCUCAAGAUAUUUCACGCCCUUUACGACGGCAACAGCUUGGCUCUUCUGCUUGAACUGGUUGCGCUCAUUUAUAUUGACAGCCCAAGGGCUUUGGAGCGCCCUCCUGGGCUCUUGGACGUUCUGCAUCUGGGCCCCCUUUGCAAAGACCCCUCAGAGCAGGCAUUCUGGAAAAAACAUCUCGCAAAUUUUCACAGUCAAAUUUUGCCAAAGGCGGAAGAUGAACCCAACGGCCCUAUUUUGGAGAACAUUCGGAUUGAUAGUACGGAACAUCUGACCCGCCUGAAGAAGUCUCUCAAUGUUACCGAGCAAGCAGUGCUUCACGCUUGCUGGCUAUUGACCUUUUACCGACACUACUCGUUUGUACCUCCCCACGGUGUCAUUGCUUCUGGUCGAACGAUUGACGUCCCUGGGAUUGCCAAUGUCGUUGGUCCUUUGUUCAACACCAUCCCCAGUAAUGUCCAGCUUGGUGAUCUCAAGACCUGGUCUGACGUUGCUCGGCGAUGCCAUGAAUACUACGUGGAAACAAUCCCAUUCCAAUAUACAGCUCUCCGUGACAUUUCCAAAUGGCUCGGAAAAAACCCAGAUGAGCGACUUUUCGAGUCUCUCUUUGUCUUCCAAAGAGAGAACUCCAGGACUGACUCAGCAACGGAUGGCCUUUGGCAUCCCUCGGCCUCGGAAGCGCAGCACGAGUAUCCGUUGGCCUUUGAGAUUGUACGAAACGGAAACGAAUAUCUUACUGCGACGCUUGCUGCUAAGGGCCAUGUGUUGUCUCGCAAGACGGCUCAGCAGAUCCUCGCCACAUUCAAGCAAAUCUUGUCUGACUUUGCAGAGGAUCCGCAACAACAGUUACUGCAUAUUGAUGGAUGUAUGAAAGAGCAUGAAGCUCGACCAAACGAAGAAAAAAUUGAGAAGCCAAAACAGUCUCUUGAUCCUUCUGGGAAUGUUGAGUCUCCAUUCCAGUGGAGUACACAGGCUUGCGCAAUCCGGGAUGUGAUUGCAACUCUUGCCGGAGUAGACGCGCAGUCAAUUGGAGAAGAUACAUCCAUUUUCGAGGUAGGACUCGACAGUAUUGACGCAAUCAAAUUGUCCUCACGAUUGAGCAAGCUGAGCAUCAAGCUCCCAGUUAGUUCCAUCAUGCGCUACCGCAGUGUCAAGGGUAUGGCAGGUCAAUUGACGGAGACAACCUAUGAGGAACAGAAUGGCACAUAUCCAUUACUAGUUCAGAUGGAGAGAACCCUGAAAGAGUUCCUUGAGCGCGAGGGACUUGUUCCACAGGGUGCCUCUCGAGUCCUUCCAGCAACACCGAUCCAAGAGUCGAUGAUAGCCGAAAUGUCUGCCUCCGAGUACCAGCAUUAUUACAACCACGACAUUCUGAAGAUUGAGCCCCAUGUUGAUGCCACGAAGCUUCAAGAAGCAUGGAGAGCGGUCGUGAGGGCCAAUCCCAUUCUUCGCACUUCCUUUGCCGAAGUCUGGGAUCCGGAGAUUUCCGCUUCCUACGCCCAAAUCGUCCACAGCGAAGAUACCUUCGAUUUCCAGAGAGUGCAGUUGAAUGGAGAAACGAUGGACUCGAUCAUGAAAGCUCAACGUGCAAGGGCUUUCUUGGAGCUUGCCAGAAAGCCGCUUCUUACUGUCACGUCUGCUGUAGAUGGCGAGGACCGAUACCUUGUUCUGUCAAUUUCUCAUGCUCUUUACGAUGGCUGGUCAAUUAAUCUGCUUCACGAGGACGUUGCCAGAUCUUACGCUGGAGAAGAAUGUGCUCGUCCACUGCCAGACGCCAUUCUGGAGCAAAUUCUCGCCUCCUCUGGCGAUCGUGCUCUUAAAUUCUGGAGAGCAACACUUGCCAAUUGCACGCCCAUGACCUUCCCGUCAGGACAAGACUCCACAGAAAGUUCUCGAGUCGUUCAUCGUGCAGAGCAAACGCUCUCAAUUCCCUUCGAAAAGGCCGAAUUAUUCUGCAAGCGCAAUGGCAUUACAAUGCAAGCACUUCUGGUCAGCUGCUGGUCACUGAUACUAGCCACCUAUGUCAAGAAACUAGAUGUGGUCUUUGGCCUUGUUCUCUCUGGCCGUAAUGUGACUGGCUCUGAGGAUAUGAUGUUCCCAACCAUGAACACGGCGGCGAUGCGUGUCAUCCUCCAUGGUACUCGUCUGGAAUUGGUGAAGUAUGUGCAAGAGACCCUGUUGGAAAUUUCCGGGUAUCAGCAUUUUCCAUUGCGGCGCGCGAUGCCCGGUACAAGAUCUCAACGAUUGUUUGACACUCUCUUCAUCUACCAGAAGAGGCCAUCGGAAAACGGCACCCCAGAGAUGGCUCUAUACAAGUCCAUUGGAGGGGCAUCAGACGUCGAAUAUCCAAUUUGCGUCGAGAUUGAAGGUGUCGGAGCAGACCUCUUGGCUCGUGUGGCCUGUAGUGGGCAGGUCCUUGGAGGAACGGGUACACUUCUUCUCUUGGAACAGAUCGGCAAAGUCCUGACAUCCAUCGUCGAUGAGCCCUCCCAGAACACUGUCGGCUUUGAAGGAGACAAGGUGAACAUUUGCGGCACAUUGUUCUCUGUAGAUUCCUCUUCACAGGCUAUCCAGACCGACACGAUUGAGGAGGCCGCAAGGCGGAGAUCCUGGACUUCACUUGAGUCGGAGAUCUGCAAUGUCCUUGCCGUUGUAUCGGGAGUGCCCGCAGAUUCAAUCGAGAGGCAAGCGAACAUCUUCCAGCUCGGGCUGGACAGUAUUAGUGCUAUCAAGGUUGUUGCGCUUCUGAAAAAACAAUCCAUCAGGUUGGCCGUGAGUGAUCUGCUCAGAGCUGGCACUAUCGAGAAGAUGGCCCUGGCGGCGAACAAACACCAUACAGAGCUCACUUCAACAGAAGUUGCCAGCUACCUCGAGAGAUCGCUUGAAGAAAUCGAAGUGAAUUCACUUCUCCAAUCGUAUGGCAUUGGUCUUGAUCAAGUUGAAAUCGUUUUGCCUGCCACUGGUGGACAAACAUAUUUCCUUGCUGUGCAUACCAUGAAUCCAAGCAUCUUCUAUCCUGCGUUCCAGUACUUGGCAUCACAACUGAACCAGGAUAUUCUCGACGGUGCAUGGGCACGUCUCGCCGAGCUAACGCCCAUUCUUCGGACGGUUUUCCUGCGUACAGACAAAGAGCAUCAUCUGCCCUAUGUCCAGGCUGUGCUGAAACAUGUACGUAACCCGGUUGUUUGGCAUCGGAACAUUGAUGAGCUUGUUACGCCCAACUACAAGCAGCCCUUUGGCGCGCUGCCAGCUACAUUGCAUGCUUGCCAGACGUCCGAGGGGACGGCGCUUGCGUUGCAGAUUCAUCAUGCACUAUAUGACGCCAUAAGCCUGCCUUCCAUGGUGGAAAGACUUGCCUUCCUUUGCCGCUCUAUCCCGACCGAAUCAAGAUCGGAACUCCAUGAUAUGUCGCGACUCGUGGCGUUCUACCAGUUUCAUUCGCCGGUGGAUGUCCGGCGGCAAUUCUGGCAAAACUACCUGGGCCAGAUCUCAAUUGAUAGCGUAACUGACAAAUGCCAGGGUGGCUUUGACGCCAUUCAGCAACACUACCGACAGGGUCUAGUCUCAAACAUGUCUUGUGUUGAGAUAGCCGCCCAGAAACAGGGCCUCAGUGUCCAAUCGAUCUUCCUGGCUGUCUAUGCUCGAGUCCAUGCUCAGACCCUCGCUGCGGCGGGCGCGGACAGUAAGGAGAUCUCGAGACAGCUCGUGGUUGGGCUGUAUCUCGCCAAUCGGUCGCACGAUUUUGAGGGGCUUUCAGACCUCAUGGCUCCCACAGUCAACAUCGUGCCGCUCCGUCUGGGCGACAAGCUCAGCCACGAUCCGGACUCACUUUUUGUUGCCGCUCAAAAGAUCCAAGAUGACAUCAAUGAGAUCAGCAUGAUCCAGCAUUCGAGCGUCUCUCUCGUAGAGAUUGCCGAAUGGACCGGGGUGCGAAUCAGCACAUGUGUCAACUUCCUGCGACUGCCCGAAAAAGAGUCUACCCAUGCCGCGGACGCCACCGGUCGUGUAGAAUUCAAGCCUCUUAGCCGCGACAAGCUGUCCAGCCUCCAGGUAUCUAGUUUGGACCAGCCCGACCAGUCGCACACCAACGGUGACUCUGCAGCCUCGUUGAGCCCAGCCCCAACCGUACAUGUCGGAUCUACGGCAGCGAUUCAAGAUGUCUUCAUGCCCACCAUCGAUGUAGAAGCAGCUAUCCGAGAUGACCGGUUGGACUUUGGAAUUUUUGCUUCUGAAGCUCGACUCGAUUACGCCACUGCAGAGCAGAUGAUUGAGAAAGUGCGACAGGAGAUGGCCACCAUGGUGGAAUUCUCGGAGAUUGUGUAG